AAUAUGCCUAACAAAAGUGGAAGCAACGGUUGCAGCAAGGGAUUACCGUUUCCAAAACCGGGUGACGAGGUAGUGAUUUCUGGGAUUGCCGGGAGAUUCCCGGAGUCACAUAACGUAGCGCAUUUCCGAGAGAACCUUUUCAAUAAGGUAGACCUUAUUACCGAUGACGAUCGUCGUUGGAAAUUGGAAAAUUCAGAUAUUCCUAAGAGAACUGGAAAGGUAAACGAUAUUGACAGGUUCGACGCACAAUUUUUCGGCAUAAACUUCAAGGAAGCUCACACGAUGGAUCCUAUGGCUAGAAUGCUGUUGGAACACACUUACGAAGCUAUCAUUGACGCUGGAGUCAAUCCAGUGCAACUUCGUGGAACUAGGACUGGUGUCUUUGUAGGAACUUGUUGUAGCGAAUCUGAAAAUGAUUGGAUGUAUACAACAUUGCAGGUCAGAAUAAUAGAAACUUGUAGUAUACUUGAUAGAAUUACCUAUAACUUCACCGAAAGACUUACGCGGACAUCAACUCUCAUUGAUGUUGUUGCAAGUAUAUUCGAGGUGAAUCUGUUUCUAUUAUGGGUUAUUGCAAUGCCAGGAAUGCAAGUGAUCGAUUCACCAAUGUUCGAUAGUUUAUCACCCGUCUCUAUCGGUUAUUGA